AUGAUAAGCCACCCUGUCAUUUCCAAGUAUUCCGCAAUCUACAGAUUUGAAAAAUCUUCAAGAAACUUUUCUGACUACGAAAAGGACGUAGAGCUCGAUCCCGAGACCAGAAAAGAGCUUCAAAGAAAGGCAAAUAUUGGUACAAUGAUCGAAGAGAUCAAAAAGCUAGUUCCUAACAUCCUCGGGAAGCUGCUUCCAAAAUCGAUAAUAUCUCCUGAGAUAUCGCUUCGCAUCUGUCCUCUGCACUUUGACGAGUUCAAUGCCUACUUGCCCAACCUCAAGGGCCAUGUCACCUACUAUGCCACAUGUAAGGCCAUCCAAUUGUUCAUGACUUCUGUAGUGCUAAGUCCGAAAGUGCAGCUUCAUAUCCAGCAAAUCCGUGUGUCGACACUGCCGGAUCCCUGGGCUGUUUAUGCUGAUACUACCAAGAUUCACGUGAGGUGGUCUACAUGUUCUGAAGGAUGCUUCCAUCUUUCUAAUGAUCUCCAGGAGAGUGUCAAAGAUGAUGGAACAAACGUGGAAGAGAACUUCCAGCUGACUUCAGCCGCAAAACUCGGUGCUCACCGUUGGUCAAAGCUAGACACUAUGAAAAUCCUCAGGGAACAGGAUUCGCCUGGCGGAAUUUCGAAAACAUUACCAUCAAUCACAUCCACUUUAGCUCGACUUCCAGCUGCUCUUAUUGGUCUCACCAAAGAGAACAAGAAGCUAGAAAGAGUCAUUUCUGGUAUCUUCAUCUUUGAGUUGAACGAAGACAAUGACAAAAUCAUAGUGCACACUAUUGAGAACGUAGACGUCAUAGAGAGGUUCGAAGCUGAAGAUAUCGACAGCGAGCUCAGAGUGUGUUAG